GAUGCCUGUAUGCAGCUAGCAAUAGAAGGCGAAAAAUUAAUGGAUGGUAGAAGAUGGAGUGAUGCGGCACGGUUUUACGAAGCUGCAAUUGUACAAGGAACUGAUGAUGUGAACGUGCUAAAUGUUAUUUAUCAUAAGCUUUGGGUUAUCUAUCAUAACAUUGGAACAUAUGAAAAAGCUCUGAAGUAUGCGCAUUAUCAGCUUGAGCUUGCCAGGCAUUUGAACGACUUCGAGAAGGAAGCGUUUUCCAGUGCCAGGAUAGGCAUAUCUCUCUCGAUGAUGAAUAGCUUCGAAGAUGCUUGCUCGAUGUUCCAAGAACUGCUCCGCAAAGCAGAAAAGAAGCAGCACGAUGCUUUCAUCGAAAUUGCCCUCUAUCACCUUGGACAGACUGAGUUUAAACGUGCCAAACAUAUGGAAGUGAUGGAAGAGACAACAAAGGCGGAAGUAGACAUACAUCUUCAUCAAGCUGUGUCUUAUUUUCUGAGGUACAAAGCGAUCGUAGGAGUGGCAAAAGAUGCGCCCUUGGUGGGAAAAGUCAGUGGAACUCUGUCACACGUCUACUUUAAGUUAGGCCACCUGGAGGAAGCACUCUCUUGCCAACUAGAAUGUCUUCAAACUAGCCUCGAGUUUGGAGAUCAAGUCAUUCAGCAGAGCUCCAAAAGCUUCUUGGGAUUCAUCUAUUGCUCAAUGAAGAAUUACAUGGAGGCUGCCGACUCGUUCCAAGAGGCGUUCUAUUUAGCCGAACAGUUGAAUGAUACUGCAAAGAAAGCAAAGGCCUUGUACAGUCUGGCUAAUGUGAUGCAUUUAUUAGAAGAUGACGAAGCGGCGAUCGACUUAAGCCUGAAGUACCUGGAUUUGGUCAGGUCUAUAGGGGACGACGUGGGAGAAAGUCACAUGUACUGCUUCAUGUGCCAACAGUAUCGAUUAAUGGGGGAACUGCAGAAAUCCCUUCAUUACGCCCAGCUAUACCAGAGUUUGACACAGAAGCUGCGGGAUGUAAUUGGUUACAAGCUAGCGGGCGAGCUCUGUGUCGAAAUAUCAGACGCGAUUGCCUACGAGGCGAAUUGCAUUGAAAAUAUUCAGCAGCAAACAAACAACGACUUUGAUCUAGAUGACAGUGUGGAUGAAUUUGAUACUAAAGGAACUACUAUUAAUGGUGUUGGUGGCGGUGGUGAAAGUGAGAACAAAGGAGGGGGAUAUUUCGACCACUGUUCGACCAUGCUGGGAAAUAAGACGCAACCAGUCUCUGCCUCAAACAUAUUCUCAUCUGCUAACUUCACUGAACACUGUGAAGUUAAUAUCACAGAUCUAGACGUAUCAAUAAAAUCUGAGGUUCCACACGCAACACGAGAGGAGAGAAAUACAAUUUCCAAUGGAACACAAUGCCACAGCCAAUCACAGAACGGAGCGAAGAAACAAAUAUUGCCCAAAUGCAGCUAUUCCGAUUCGCAUAUCACAGCCAAUAGUCGCGAAGCUUAUAAUGGUAUAAACGGGCACACACAGUACAAACAAUCAGUUCAGCGAAACAUUAUGAAGGACAAAACAAACAUCGAAGCAAAGCCUCAACAAAAUGGCUUCCAUCACUCUGAAGUUGAUCCGAAAUUUGAAAUGAAGAAUGAGGUUGACGUGCAGCCGAGAACACCAGUGAAAGAGGUCCAGGGGCCGUUGUUUUUCAGAAGCCCUCAGAUUAAAAGGGCCUCGAGAGCUGGAUCCGAGUUUGAAUUCGAUCCGUUCGUGCUUGCCGCGAGAAGAAAGGCGGGUGGGUCGAAGAAUGGAUCUAAACAGCCCCCUUUCAGAGCUGAAGAGUGCGAGUCUCUCUACGACUUGAUCACCAAAGCACAAAGUGUGGGAAGAAUAGACGAGCAGAGAGUGUCAUUGGACAGAUUGAAUAGUAAAGCCAGUGUGACCUCUGAAGUAGGAGCGGAGACGAAAUCUCACAUUCAGCUAAGAGCUACCAAAUCAUAUGAUUUGACGCCGUCGACUAGCAAAACGGCUGCAUCUAAAAAAGAACCAAGUGCUUUGUCAUCACCAGUACCAUGCAAUAGUUCGUCUCUGAUGAUGAGUCCAGAACAACUCAUUGACCAGAUUGCCAAACACCAGAGCUACCGCAUGAACGAUCAACGCAGCGAGGUCAACCUCCUCCCGGGUCUCACUCCGUCCCCCAGAAAUCAACAGGUGUUAGAUUUCACACGAGGUCAGCAGCUGUCUAGUUUUUUGGAUAUUCUGGAGAGAUGUCAGGACAAUCGGUUCGAUGAUCAACGUACAGUUCUGCCACCUCUGCCGGAGUCGGAGACACUGCCCGAAAACGAGUUCCUCAACACUAUCCAACGAAUACAGAUCUCAGGGAGAAUGGACGAGCAAAGAACUUCUCUGCCGCCUAGGAGAAACCCGACUCUGAACGGUCAUGCAUCAACAUCUCAAAUACCUCCUCAGGUCAUCCGCCAUAAUGGUCACUCCCAUACAAACCGCGGAAUAGGGAUAUCAACAAACGGGGUCCACGCGAGUUCAUCGGAAACUAACGGCGGCAGAGUUGCGUCGAACGAAAACGCAACACAGUCAGCGACAAAUCUGGGUCGCCCUAACCCAAUACAGGGCACGAACGGGAUCUCAAAUGGAUCAUCUUCGACGUCAAUUUUCCGAAGGUUUCGCCCUGGUUCACGAAAGGGAAACUCAAGUGCAAAAUAAUACAUUGCAAGCAAAAAAGGGAAUGAAAAUGGAAUCAUGCCCGACGAAUUCUUUUUACUGAAUUCAAAUGUGAUAACACGUCUAAAAAUGCCAAUAUGUUCUAUCCCUUAGCUAGCAAAUAACUAAUUAGAUAUCAAAUUUAUAUCAAGCUCUUCCUUUAUGUUUUGUACGUGCAUGUCUAAAUACUCGCAGUAAUUUGAACAGUACUUUGAAUAUUUUAUUUAGCUUACAGUUUGUGCAAUAUUAUUGGUGCUAAGCUGUCAUUAGAACUAUCACCUCCCUCAUUCGCGUAGUUUCGUUUUGAAGUAUCGCAAAUCGAUUGACUUACUUUUCAAGUAUUACUUGCUUCAGACAAUUUUGUUUCUCUCCGUUCACAAGUUUUGGCUCUGAAAUUUCUCCCAAUAUUCAUGAUGAUUCCUUGAUCUUACCAAGGCAAGAUAGGAGACAGGACGCCAUGUCUUAUUGAAGUCAAAUUGAAGAAAAGUGAUAAAAUUGCCCAAAAUUUAAAUCGAAAUUAAAGAUAACCAGCAUUUAAAAAUGGUUUCAUUAAAGCAAGCUUUUUUGUUGAGAACAUCUUUCAUCAUUAAACAGUGACGAAGUACAACGCCGAAACUGAAAAAAUGUUCAGCAGUGCCGAAAAUUGAAAAUAUUAAAAAAUUUGGACUAAACCGAGAAAAAUUUGACU